AUGGUCAAGACUAUUGGUACUCACAGCGGUCAUUUUCACUGCGAUGAAGCUUUGGCUGUCUCUUUGUUAAAGAAGACCAAGGAAUUCACUGGAGCUCAACUUAUCCGUACUCGUGAUGCCAAUAAGUUGGCUGAAUGCGAUAUCAUUGUGGACGUUGGAGGUGUUUACGAUCCUGCCACUCAUAGAUAUGAUCACCAUCAACGUGGAUUCACAGAGACAUUUGACGAUAAGCAUCAGACAAAGUUAAGUUCUGCUGGUUUAGUGUACAAGCAUUUUGGCAAGGAAGUUGUUAUGCAUCUCCUUGGCAAAGCUGAGGUGGAUGACGAUGUUGAAAUGCUCUACCAAAAGACCUAUCACGGCUUUGUUGAAGCUUUGGACGCCAACGACAACGGUAUCAGUGCCUAUCCCAACACCGUCUCACCUCUUUACAAGGAAUCACCCACCAGUCUUUAUCACAGAGUUGCAAAGAAGAACCCCAACUGGAACGAACCUAUGACUGAUGCUGAGAUUGAUGCUCGUUUUGUUGAAGCCUCUGACAUGGCCGGUGCCGAAUUAGCAGAUUAUGUAAAGGGCCUCCAAGUCUCUUGGUUGCCUGCUCGUUCUCUUGUCGUGGAUGCUCUUGAUAAGGCUGCCGAAGUGCAUCCUUCUGGUCGUGUUAUUGCUCUCGAACGUUCUUGCCCCUGGAAGGAACAUUUGCUUGAUUUGGAGAAGGAGCGUGGUUUAAUGGAAGAUAAGUCUGUCUUGUAUGUUCUUUAUCCUGAAUCAUCUCCCGAAGGUAACUGGCGUAUUCAAUGUGUCCCUCUUCGCCCUGAAGGUUUUGAAAACAGAAAGAGCUUGCCUGAAGCUUGGAGAGGUUUCCGUGAUGAUGAAUUGAGCCGUAUUUCUGGUGUUGAUGGCUGUAUCUUUACUCAUGCUGGUGGUUUCAUUGGUGGCAACAAGUCUCGUCAUGGUGCUUACGAAAUGGCUAGACUUGCUAUCGAAUUGUAA